AUGCUGAGACAAGUGCAGCUGCGUUGGAGCGGCCACCUGGUGCGCAUGGACGACGAGCGACUACCCAAACGACUCUUUUACGGAGACGUCGUGGCAGGUUCUCGCCGUCAAGGAGGCCAAAUUCGUCGAUACAAGGAUACCCUGACAUCCAUCCUGAAAUGUCUGCAAAUUAACCCGACCAACUGGGAAGAGCUGGUCCUCGACCGACCGACCUGGAGGAGGACAGUGAAGACAGGCGCUGCGAUCCAUGAAGCCAACCGCAUCGCCGUCGCCAAAGCGAAACGAGAAGCCCGCAAAUCACAGACGUGCCUAGUAGGCAACGCCGACGCACAACUGGUUCCAACGUGUCCUCGGUGUCAACGGACAUUCCGGGCGCAAAAUGGACUUAUUGGACACCUCCGGAUCAACUGCACCUCUGGGACCGCACCAACCGUCGUACCUCCGCCCGCCUCUUCCACAUCCUCUCCGCCGCCAACUAACCCUAACCACUCUUCUGAACCACCACUUCCAUUCUCCUCCUCCUCCUCCUCCGCUGCCCCAACGCCAGCCGUCACGCACAUCAACCACUCUGACACAACAACCGACACCACCCCCACCACCUCCGACUCCAGCGAUGAGGAUCAGGACUACACCUGCCCUCACUGCGACCGCACCUUCACCUCACACACAAGCCUGGUCGGUUACUUGCGAAUCCAUCGCACAGAGACUGGCGAAACAGUGCCUGGAGCACCAACCUACACCCACCGCACCCGCCUACACUGCCCACACUGCCCUCGCACAUUCACUCAUCGCAUGGGUCAUUUCGGCCACAUGCGCAUCCACGAGAGUGGAACUGACCGCAGUCCCGACUCAUCCAUCAUGCCAAACACCACUCCUACUUCAUCACCCUGCGCGCCCACCGCCCUUCCCGCAUCUGAAACCGACACCACCGACUUCACCUGCCCACACUGUCCGCGCACGUUCACCUCACGCAUCGGCCUGGUCGGUCACUUGGGAUUCCAUCGCACAGAGACUGGCGAACCAGUGCCUAUACCCACCACGCUCGACUCAACUGUCCACAUUGUCCUCGCACUUUCAGGCAUCGCAUGGGCCUAUUCGGCCACAUGCGCAUCCACGACGACCUGCGGUAGACAACCGCCGGCGACACCACACCACAAUAACCUCCCACCCUGCCUCCUCCUCCUCCUCCUCCUCCUCCUCCUCCUCCUCCUUCAACACCACCACCACCACCACCACACAUCAACACUCACCCACCGCCAGCACCCAUCUGCCAUCUUGCGCGCAAGUGGGAAGUGUGCAUCUCGACUCGGUCCCCUUGCGGCUCCGGCUGUACGGGUGACUUGA